UUUUUGAACGUCAACGAGAGUAAUCGUGUAUUUUACGUGCGGUGUUAUUUUUUAACGGGACUUAUAGAAAAGAAUUUUUUAAGUGAGAGAUUUUUUUUGUUUGAAAAUUUUUUUUGAUGUAAACUUUUCAUCUGGACAAAAAGAAGCUUUUGAACAAUUCGUGUUUUGAGUGACAAUGUUUUUCGUGGAGUAUAAAAAUUUCAAAUUUAAAGUGAUUAUUAGUGAAUCAAGAAUCUAAGAAAAAAAAAGAAUUUUUUGACACAAAAAAGGAAUUUAAAAAAAACAAAAAUUUGAAAAUUUUUUAACGAAAAAAAAAAGUUUUCUUUGACUUAGUGGCAGUGCUAUAAAAACGUAUCUGAAUAAACAAAAUAAACCAAGAGGAUUAUACCCUAAACGAAAAUGCCGAAAAUAUUUCUAAUUAAAGAUCGCUUGCAUCAGCAACAGUUGCGUUUGUUGGAGCAACAGAAUCUGAUAAGCAACAAAAGUGAAGAUCGACUUGGACCGAUUCGGAGCCCGAGUCCAUGUGGAUCGAAUGAGCCACUGGCACUUGUUUCGAAAAAGAAGGAUAUUCUCGAACAAGUCCGUGACAUAUUUUCAACCGAAUGCAUAUCACCGUCAAACAGCCCUGAUAAAACACCAUGUACCAGUAAAUCAUCCACAAAUAAAUCGAGUCCACCGGUUCGUCGUUUCCAAUCAUCAAUACUUGGCGGUGAUAUUCCAUAUGGCAGUCGUGGCCAUGUAUUGACACAGGCACAACGCAAAGAAUAUCCUACGUUGAGCAAUUCCAUCCGACAGAAAAUUCCGAAAAAGGAACCAAACAACAGUCGAUCGAUCAUCGAAAAGGAGAAAGAGAUCAUACCGAAAGUGAAACCAAUCAGCGUUUCGACACCAGGGCCACCAGCUUUAGAAACACGGCCAAGUCCACCGGCACCGCAUCAAUCUGUGGUUCGGUGUUCAGUAAUCCAGCGAACUCCAGCAUCAAAAGUUUCCAAUACGAACAAGAAAGACAAAGAAAUUGUCGAUAAAGUACCUAAUCAACUACCUGAGCAAGAUCAGCCAAUUGAUUAUCAUAUUCCAAAGAGACAGAGUGAAUUCAGUGAGGAGCAAGAUAAAAAGCAUCGUGAAGUGAGACGUACAAGUGCGUUACGUCGUUCCACAUUUUCUAUGUGGCAAGGACCAAGAGGCAAUUUGGCUGGAAAAGUCAAUGGUAUUGUUACAGCGGCUGCUGGCCACGGCCGAUCUUCGAACGGUGGUUCGCAAAAUACGUCGAAUCAGGGCGGAGGCAGUAAUUGCGGUGGAAACAUCAACUUUAACGGUGGAGGAGCUAGUGGCAGUUCAAAUGCAGGUAUGAGUGGUGGAAGUGGCGCUGGCGGUGGAAUGGGUGGACGCGAUGGACGUUCGAAUUAUGGACCAAACAGUCCGCCAACUGGAUCAUUGCCUCCAUUUUAUGAAAGUCUAAAAGGUGGCAAUGGUGCAUUGAAUGCGUAUAAUGCGAAUGGUAUCAAUUUUAUGGCUCAAAAUGGCUAUUCGAUCGCAUCGAAUAUUAAUCUAGAUGGUGAAAAUGCUCAAGAGCUAACUAAUUUAGCUAAUUACUCCGACACAACGAACAACAAUUCGGCGAAACAUUUUUCAAUGUUGCAGAACGCUGCUUACGGCAUCGUUCUAAAAGAUGAACAAGAUUUGGAGUAUGACUCAAAGAUCGAUUCUUUAAAUUUACACAGCAACAAUAUGCUGCAUAAUUAUUCAGGUUAUGAUGUUAACGAUUCAAUGAUGGACAUAUCGGGUGGAGUCAGUGAUCCGUUGCAAUUUUCAUUUUCAUCGCCAGCAGAACACGCACUGCUAGAGAGUUUAACUGAUGCGGUUGAUCUUUCAUCAUUUUUGCAACGGGUAACAAGCGAUGAAACCAGUUCCGGCAACGACUUAGAAUUAUCGUCGAAUCCGUCAUUAACGCCCGAUUCGGUUUCCAUAACGCCGGCCGACAACAACUGUUUGGAUUCCUUUUCCGACCACUUAAUGAUGUCCCGGCCAAAUUCAUACGAACGAUCAUAUACCAUGCACAACACAAACAACAAAAUGUACCACGAAAAUCCACCAAGCUAUCAACAAACUCGUGAAAUGCAUCAAAUGAUGCAGCAACAGAAUCAACAGCAUCCGCACAAUGAGCACUUGACGCUCAACAUGAAUUACGAUUUGGAUUCGCAAAGCAAUAUAUCAUUACCAUCACCCAGUUCCGGUUCAAUGGAUGCACCACCAGAUGCCAAGCCACUCAUUCACAGUGUAAGUGUUAAAAAGGAGCCAUCAUCGGCCGGAAACGGUGCUUGUGAAACGAAACAAGUGUGGCGGUUGGGUCUGUCGGCCGAUGUUCAAAUUGAAUACGUGAAUGGCGGCCAUGGUAUCAAAAAUCCAUUGGCUGUGGAAAAUGCUCACGGUCACCGUAUACGAGAUGAUGGCAAAAAAUCACCAGCUCCCAUUGCCGAAGAUGAUCCAAACAAAUUCGCUUGUCACAUAUGCUCGAAAGCGUUCACGCUGCAGCGAUUGUUGAAUCGCCACAUGAAAUGCCACUCCGAUGUGAAGCGCUAUCUGUGUACGUUCUGUGGUAAAGGAUUCAACGAUACAUUCGAUCUGAAGCGGCAUACACGAACACAUACCGGUGUCCGGCCGUACAAAUGUAAUUUGUGCGAGAAGUCAUUUACUCAGAGGUGUUCGCUGGAAUCACACUGUUUGAAGGUGCACGGCGUGCAACACCAGUAUGCGUACAAGGAGAGGCGUACAAAGAUGUACGUCUGCGAAGAAUGCGGUCACACAACAAGCGAACCAGAAGUUCACUAUCUUCAUUUGAAAGAACUUCAUCCAUAUUCUCCAGCAUUAUUAAAAUUCUACGACAAACGACACUUCAAGUUUACAAAUGCAACGUUUGCGAAUAAUCUACUGAGCGCAAAUCCAAUGACAGUUCACAAUUGAAAAUUGGCUUUUCUCUCAAAAUCUGAAGUAAACGAGUGUAUUGAGUAUAUUCAAUGUCUCGAAACGAAAAAAAAUCGUAAUUUUCAUACGUCUUCCUGUUUAUCAAAAUUGAAUUUAUAAAACAAAUUUUACGUUUCAAUUUUCCGUUCUUUUAAUUUAUUUAAAAAAAAAAUAUCUUUUUUUCUCCUUUUUUCGUAGAAUUUUUAAAAAAAGAAAAAAAAAGUUAAUCGAAUUUUGUACGUGGACAAUUAAAUACGUAUGCGCUGGAAGUGUAGAAAUAAAUGGAAAUAUGGUGCUACUGAACUGUAAUAUCCAGUUAUACUCAAAAAAGAAGAGAGAAAAAUUCUGCAAAAUUUAGAAUCAAAAUUAAAUUUUUCUUCCAUUUUGUCCACGUAUGACCAGUAAAGG